GGCGCCAGUCGUGUCGCAUUUAAGCGCGAAUCAUCGUCGCGGUUGCGUCUAACGCGAAGCGCUUUUGAACUUCGCGAAGUCCGUCAAAGGCCAAACUGGGUCGAACAUGAGACUGUGCCUGGCCGUGUCGAUUCUGAUCGUCCUCGUGAUGGACGACCAGGUCGACGCGAAGAUCCUGUCGGAAUGCGACGCGGCUCGCGAGCUUCAACGGGCUAAGAUCUCGAGGUCCCUCAUCAGCAACUGGGUUUGCCUAAUGGAGAGCGAGAGUGGGUUGAACACCCAGUUGGUCUCUGGCCCGAAGACGGCCUCCAGCUACAGCUACGGCAUACUGCAGAUCAACAGCGCCAAAUGGUGCGCCAGAGGACGCCGCGGAGGAGUUUGCAACAAACGGUGCGAGGACUUCGCGACCGACGACAUCCAGGAGGCCAUUGCUUGCGCCAAAAUAAUCGUAAAUCAGGACGGGUUCAAGGCGUGGGACGGAUGGCUUAAGAAAUGCAAGAACAAACCUCUGCCGAAUAUUAACGAUUGCGAGGGAGUAUAACCAUCGAUCGAACCUUUUGCAGCAAUUAUACAUGUAUCGUGAUACGUAUCGGGGAUUACAAAAGUGGCACCAGCAAAUAAUCUUUAACCUUCUUCGAUUGGAAUGCACUAUUGACAUUUACGAUCGCCGCGACUACUCGGAGUGCCAGUUGCUAUGAUAUUGUAAUCGAGUAUGAAAUGUAAAUUUGAAUUAAUAAAUCGAUGGUUAAGUGA